AUGCUGCUUGCUCCCUUCGAAACGUCCCGUCCUGAGCUUCCGUCACCACUUCCGGUCUUCUCAUCCCACCACCACCUCCACUACUCUUUCCACCAGGCAUCGCUCUCCGCCAUCGCCAUGUUCCCUACUCGUGCUCUGAGGAUGCAGGCCUCUCGGCCUUUUGCUUUCCCUACUCCUAAGGAGAACCAGAGCGCUCACACCAUCUCUCAGCGUCUGCGGACCCUGAAGAGAGUUCCCCCGGAACUGAUUCCCCUCGGUAUUGUCCUUGGUGUUGCCGUCGGAGCUGCUAUCUACUCUAGCACCCGCAAGCUCAUGACCGACAAGACUCUGCGUCUCUACCGCAAUAAGCCCGAGGACCGCGAACACUAA